GUCCUGAAGGUGCUGGAUAGGGCUUAAAGAUGAACAAGCAAAAAACAAUAAAAGGAUGUAAAAGUGUUUGCAGCAGGGCAAAGGUUGCUGUAACCUGUGGAGAAAGAGAGAAAGGGCACUCCAGUAAUGGUUUUUUGCCAAAUUCUGUAACACAGAAGGAGCAGUGUCUGCCGAAAGUUAAAGUUCUAGCUGAGGUCACACUGGGGCACUCAGUGAAAACCACACUGAGAAAAGUCAUUUUUAGGACUCUCCAGGACCAUAAAAGGAUUUCAAGAAAGAGGUGGAGCCAUGCAAAUUAUUGCUAGGAAAUGUACAGUUUCUGUACUAGGUGAGGGACACAUUAUAACGAAUAUUUGCAAUUGUGGUGGAUAAAGACCCUGUGGCAAAGUCCCCUGUGACCUGCAGGAUCAGGACAGAUCCACUUGUCCACACUGGUCCCUGUGGCCUCUCCCCUCCAUGGCCCUCCUGGCUCAGACCCUGGCACUGCUGGCAAUGGCCAUGGCCACCACGGGCAUCAAGGUGGUGCCCCUGGACAUGGCCCAGGACUCCUUCGAUGACCAGUACCAGGGCUGUGGUCCUGCCAUGACUGAGGCGUUGCCAGCCCUCAACCGCUCCGAGUUUGAGCAGAACCCUCUCUUUGCCAAGGCCUGGACUAAGGCCAGAGCCACAUGGCAGAGUCGGGGGUCCCCUGUGUCCCCUCUGUCAUCCCCAGCCCAGGCCAUCGCCCUCAUGGCCUACACAGUGAAUGACCUGUACAAAGAGUUCAACCGAGCCGUGCGCACGGCCGGGCGCUCCAGGCAGGAAUACCGGGACAACUUCCACUUCAAAACUCUGCAUUUCCUGCUGACCCAGGCCCUGGCGACACUGAGGGUCACUCGGGGUCCAAAGUGUCAGGACGUGUACCGGGGGUUGUGUGGAGUCAGGUUCCAGGCAGAGUACGGUGAUGUCGUGCGGUUCAGUCGAUUCAUGUCAGCGUCACAGAAUGAAACAGCCUCCCAGCAAUUUGGGAGAGACACGAUGUUCCAGGUGUACACAUGCCACGGUGCAGAAAUCUGGGAAUUCUCCAACUAUACUAGUGAGAAGGAGGUGCUGAUCCCACCCUUUGAGACCUUCGAGGUCAUCAAAGUCAGGCAGGAAGGAGAAAGCACGUGGAUUCAGCUCAGCUCCAAUGGGACCUUCAGCAAAUACAACUGCGAGUGGCUGCAAGGUGACGCCACAGGUGGGAGCGCCCCCAGGGCUCCCUUCCAUGUCGGAGGACUCCUCCUGGCCACCACAGCCCUGGCAGUCGCCACUGGGAUCCUCUGAGCCACGAGGCCACUGUGGUCUCCAAGGUCACUGUCAUCCCUGUGGCCACCACAAUCACCAAUACCACCAUGACCUCUGGAGAAACGAGGCCACCAAGGCUACCAAGGCCACCACAGCCACUCUGGCCACCUUGGCAGCUGUUGCCACCAUAAGGUCACUGUGGCCACCAUUGUCAUUGAAGCACUGUGGCCACCACAGCCACUCUGGCCUCAUGGUCACAAAAAUCAACGAGGCUUCUGUGGCCACCAUGAUCACCAAGAGACCCGGAGUCACCACAAAGUUACAACAGCCACUGUAGCCACUGUGGCCACCAGUAUCAUUGUGCAAAGAAAUUCUAUUAAAUAAUUCUAUCAAAACAAUUCCAUUAAAUAAAUUUGACAAAGCCAGAACAAAGUGACAA